UUAAACAAUAGGCAAACUUUUGAAGCUGAGAUCUCAGGAAUUCCCCUUCAAGCAAUGGCUACUGAGUUUUUGCCUCCUCUAUUGGAUGCUACUGCACAAGAACCUGCUCUCUUUGAUGGAACUACCAGGUUGUAUAUGACUUAUACUUGCCCCUUUGCACAGCGUGUGUGGAUCACUAGGAAUUCCAAGGGUUUGCAAGACAAGAUUAAGUUGGUCCCUUUGAACCUUCAAAAUAGGCCUGCUUGGUAUAAGGAAAAAGUUUACCCUGAAAACAAGGUGCCGGCGUUGGAACAUGACGGCAAAGUCAUCGGGGACAGUCUCGAUUUGAUCAAAUAUGUUGACGGCAACUUUGAAGGGCCAUCUCUUCUACCUAAUGAUCCUGACAAGAGGAGGUUUUUUGAGGAGUUGUUAUCACUCAUGGACAAAUUUGCAGGGAUGGUAUUUACUACCAUUAAAGGAGACUCAACAACUGAAGCUGGUGCUGCUUUUGAUCACUUGGAACAUGCUCUUACAAAAUACGACGGCCUGUUCCUCCUCGGCGACGAGUUUUCUCUGGCAGACAUUGCCUUCAUUCCUUUUGUUGAAAGAUUCCAGAUGUAUCUGUCGGAGGUGUUCCAGUACGACGUCACGGAAGGCAGGCCUAAACUGACCGCAUGGAUUGAGGCGGUGAACAAGAUCGAUGCGUACGCGCAGACGAAGAAAACCGAUCCGAAAGAAUUAGUGGAACUUUAUAAGAAGAUAUUCUCAGCCCAGAAGUGAUGAAAGUGCCAACAUCAUAUGACUAUAUAUAUAUAUUAAUGAGUGUGAAUGGCAAUAGCCUCUGUUUGGACUAGUUAUUUGUUCUCGGUUGAGAAUCUAUGUUGUACAAGUAUUUGCCGCUAUAUGAAUAAAUUUGAAACGCCUGA